CUUCACAACCCUUUUCACAAGAAGGUGAGAGGUAUUCGACAUUUGGUCAGACGAUGUGGGAGCUCUCAACGGUGUCGUCCUGGCCAGGAACAUUGGCAUCGUACAUAACUCCUCGGUGGUCGCCGUUGAGGUUGCUGAGGUGGUCGGGGAUGAUGAGCGUGUCAAUUGUGGACGAGGUGGUGUGGAGAGUGGUGACUGCGUUUGAAUCGGUGGCUCUCGUUUCAAUGCUCUGUUUCUUUUUCUUGUUCUAUGGCUGCACUAUUUGAUCUCAACUCUCAAUCCGUUAGACUUCGAUCUUUCUUUACCAUUUUCAAUUAGCCGUAGCAGCGAAUUUAUGGUUUUUAGAAAUUUUUGUAGUGGCUACUGAACUAGGUUGAAAUUUUGGCUACUGUUGUGUGUACUGUUCUCAGACUUCCUGAGCUAUGUUUAUAAUAGUAAAGGAGAAAAUCAAUGGUGUUUAAUUUGUGCUCA